AUGCUUCUUGCGCAAUUUUCCAUCUACGUUAUCGAAGGGACCGUAUUAGCACUAUGUGGUGCAUUAUUUCUGUUCGCGGUAUUCAGAAACCAAAAACUUCGUCGACGUUACGAUAUUUUAAUUGCACAGUUUUUCACCAACGUAAUCUGCGGUCUUGCCACUCUGACGGCCGGCGUUGGACGCCUCACAGUGCUGUUCAGCGAGAUCAAAACACUCAGGAGUCGUCAACAAUGCAUGCUGAUGCCAUGGAAUAUUCUAUUUUUGUGGGCCGAUCCGAUGUCAGCCAUCGUCGUACUCAUCACGAGUAUCGAUCGCCUGUGUGCACUCAUGUUACCGAUAUUUUAUUACAAGAAUCCACGACGCUUUGCGCUCUCUUUGAUUGGUUUCUCGCAUGGAUUCAUGAUUUUGUGCAUGAUUUUUGAUUGGUCAACAACAGUGGGUGAUACCGAAGAAUUGUAUUCACCAUUAUGUUGGUACAUCCCUAAUACGUUGAACUUAAGGCAGUGCUACAGUAAACAGAUAACUUUUCACUACAUCAGUUAA